UGUGUGGAUGCUUCAAACGUGUUUCGUUUUUAGUGUUUGACUAUGUCUCUGUUCAGUGAUAUAUUCACCUUAGGAAGUCAGAUUCAUUUUAGUGAAUCGAUUCGACACUGUUCAUUUCAAGGAAUCGUUCGAGUCAUCGUUUUAAUGUGGAGCUAACAGUGUCCGCGCGACUUUUACAUUUUCAGUUUUGUAGUGAAAUUGAAUCCGGUGAGUUCGUUACAGUCGAGUUAAUAAAUGCGGUUUAAUAGUCAUUCGUCGUGACAGCAGCUGUUUAAUAAUGGAUGAUUAUUGGACAACGCCAGAGGUGCAGGUAGAUAAUGUGAAAAUGAUCAAUACUCUCCGGUCAUUCAGCCUCCAAGAUAGAUUCUCUCAGGAGUAAGGUUGAACUGCUGAAGCUGCCGUUGACCCUGUCAUCUAAAUCCAUCUCAGAGCGCAAAACUCAGCUGGGCGCAACCACAGAACGCUCCAGGGGUGGAGCUGGGGUCCACAAACCCCGCCCUAUAGCCCCAGAUAUGGACAACGAGUCACAAUACUCUGGCUAUUCUUACAAGUCUUCCCAUUCCCGCAGUUCUCGCAAGCACAGGGACAGGAGAGACCGGCAUCGCUCUAAGAGCAGAGACGGCAGUAGCAGAGGAGACAAAUCGGUUACUAUCCAUGCACCCGGAGAACCACUGCUAGAUGCAGAGUCUACCCGUGGAGAUGACAGGGAUGACAACUGGGGUGAGACUACCACCGUUGUUACUGGUACAUCUGAGCACAGUGUCUCCAAUGAGGACCUCACUCGGGCAUCCAAAGAGCUUGAGGACUCUUCACCAUUGGAAUGUCGCCGUUUUGCUGGUCCCAUCCUGAGUGGCAUUUUGGGUUUAUUUGCCCUUCUGACGCCUCUCGCCUUCCUCCUGCUGCCUCAGCUGCUGUGGCGUGACUCUCUGGACCCCUGUGGGACCCCAUGCGAAGGACUUUAUGUCUCUCUCGCUUUUAAACUACUCGUCCUACUCAUCUCUUCCUGGGCUCUGUUUUUCCGGCCUUCCCGUGCCACGCUACCGCGAUUCUUUGUUUUCCGCUGCCUCCUUAUGGCUUUGGUGUUCCUCUUCGUGGCCUCCUAUUGGCUGUUCUAUGGUGUGAGGGUACUGGAGCCGAGAGAACGGGAUUACAGGGGCAUUGUGGGUUACGCAGUCUCGUUGGUGGAUGCACUGUUGUUUAUCCAGUAUUUGGCUCUGGUGCUCUUGGAAGUGAGGCACCUAAGGCCGGCUUUCUGCCUCAAAGUGGUGCGUACAACUGACGGAGCCAGCCGCUUCUACAAUGUGGGCCAUCUUAGCAUCCAGCGAGCAGCAGUGUGGGUUCUUGAUCACUACUACACUGAUUUCACUGUUUACAACCCUGCUUUACUUAAUCUACCCAAGUCCAUCCUCUCUAAAAAGAUGUCUGGAUUUAAGGUGUACUCCCUUGGAGAAGAGAAUAGUACCAAUAACUCGACUGGUCAGUCUCGUGCUAUGAUCGCAGCUGCCGCCCGCAGAAGAGACAACUCUCAUAAUGAAUACUAUUACGAGGAGGCGGAAAUGGAGCGCAGGAUCCGAAAGCGCAAGGCCAGAUUGGUGGUGGCAGUAGAGGAGGCGUUCACGCAUAUCAAAAGGCUUCAGGAAGAUGAGGUCGCAUCAUCGCCCAAGCAUCCCCGUGAGGUGAUGGACCCUCGGGAGGCAGCCCAAGCCAUCUUUGCCCCCAUGGCACGAGCCAUGCAAAAAUACCUGCGAACCACACGACAGCAGCCUUACCACAGCAUGGAGAGCAUCAUUGCUCAUCUGCAGUUCUGCAUAACCCACAACAUGACACCGAAGGCUUUUCUUGAGCGUUACCUCAGCCCUGGCCCUACAAUGCAGUAUCAGAGAGAAAAUGGUAGAGGGCGCCAGUGGACUUUGGUAAGCGAGGAGCCCGUGACAUCCGCAUUGCGUCAGGGGCAGGUGUUCUCCCUUCGUCGUCUCGAUUUUGCUCUGGUUGUCACUGUGACACCCCUCCCCUUCCUCAACCUGGGAGAGGAGUUCAUUGAUCCCAAGAGCCACAAGUUUGUCAUGCGGCUUCAGUCUGAAACCUCUGUUUGAGAAGAAAAUGAAAGCAAGAGGACUAACACUAAUGGGCGACUGAGGCCGAUCCAUACUAAGGGCAGCACAAAAAAAGAUUGCUGGACUGAGGGAGAGAACCACUUUUACUUUUAAAUAUCACUUUUACAUCUUUUAAAUUACUUUGUAUUUUUUAAAACUCUGAACUGCCUUUAAACUGUCUCUGGACUGACUAACACAUAUGCAUUUCUGCUGUGAAUUAUGUUUAUCGUAUAUGAUGUCACAUAUCAGUUCCCAUUGGUGCUGAGGGGUUACUGCACAAUACCAGCGAUUUAUAAGAAAUUCUAGGUGCCAUAACAUGGCUGCCUAUAACACUACAAACAAUAGAAACACCUUUCAAACCCCUUAUUUGUCACUCAAAUGUGAUACAAACACUGUAAAUGUAGCGAUAAAGGUUGUAGCUAAUGUAGAACACUCAAGUGCUUUACUGUUUUAUUACUGUGUACAACUGGGGGUCCAGGUCACAAUGGCAUGUAUGUUUGUAAAUCUACUCGGCAUAGAGCUUUGUAUCUGUUGGGAAUGUAAUUUUAAGACUUUGUAUGUA